AUGACCAUUCGAUACGGGGAUGGCAAAGAGGCGACUCGAGAGCGCUUACUCAAGAAAGCUGGCAAGUCGAAAUCGACGUCCACAGCGAUCAAGCCAUUUUCGAACGUACCAUUUCGACGGGACCCGAACUUCGUCGACCGUGUCGAUCCAACGAAUCAAAUGCGUGCCAAACUAGAUGUGCCAGCAGGCAGAGCUGCAUUGGUAGGGCUCGGGGGUAUUGGGAAAUCUCAACUUGCGAUUGAGUAUGCACGAGACUUACGACAACAAAGCCCAGAGACAUGGGUGCUGUGGAUUCAUGCUAGUAAUGCAGCGCGUUUCGAUCAGAGCGUGCACGAAAUCGCAGAUAGGCUCAGGCUCCCUGGGCACGAAGACCCUAAAGCAAAUCAUCUGAAACUCUUCCAACGAUGGCUCGAAAAUGAGAACAAUGGAAGCUGGCUGAUCGUACUUGAUAAUGCGGACGAUGCCGGCUUUCUUCUCGAGCCGCCUCCAAUGGCUAGCGAAGCGCAACACGAUAGACAGCGAAUUGAGUAUUUUCCCGUGAGCGACCACGGCUCGAUGAUCAUCACAACACGGAGCAAGGACGAAGCAUUGAGACUAGUUUUCGAAGAUGAUAUCGUUUCCAUCACUCCCAUGAGUGAGAGUGAAGCUAGUUUACUCAUGACAAGUAAGCUUGGGCGAUGGGAGGAUGAGAUUAAGGAACUAGUAUCCUCUCUAGACUUCAUGCCGCUCGCCAUCUCACAAGCAGCUUCAUACAUCCGAGCACGAGGUUCGCGCUGGUCGGUCCAGAAAUAUCGCGAAGAAAUGGAAGAGAGUCGUAAGUCGCGGACAAGCCUUCUGCGAUAUGAAAUGCCGCUGCCGAACCGAGACAAGUACGCGACUAACUCGGUAUUCCUGACGUGGCAGAUCUCCUUCGAGUACGUCAAUGAAAAUCACCGCUCUGCAGCCGAUCUGCUUUCGUUCAUGAGCUUCUGCGACCGACUCGCCAUUCCAGAGUUGCUGAUCCGUAUCGACGGUAAAGAUGGACACCCGGGAAAUGCUGCGAGCUUCGAGGAAGACAUCGUCAAGCUCCGCAGCUUCUCUUUCAUUAGCGAGACAAACAACACGGAAACAUGGGAGAUGCAUAGGCUUAUUCAAGAUGCAACACAAGCUUGGCUGGAGGAUCGGACGAUGGUCAACCAUGCUCACACUCAUUUCUUAAGUCGAUUUAGCGCCAUUUUUCCGACUGGGGAUUUCGAGGACUGGCCAAGAUAUCGCCUGCUGUUCCCGCAUGCCAAACAUGCAUUAACACAGCAGCCUCAAAACACAGCAACAAUUCUUAAAUGGUCGCACAUCAUGUACUAUUCGGCGUAUUUUGCAUACGAGCAAGGCGAUUACCCAACAUGUGAAUCAAUGGCGAUAGCGUCGAUGAUGGCCAGAUCAUCCCAGCACGGGAAGGCGCAUGAGUCCACAAUUCUUGCUAUGCUCAUGGUAUCCGGAGCACACUGGAAACAAGGGCAUUUUAGCGAGGCUGAAAUGCUUGAAAUGGAAGCUCUAGAGCUCAGCAAAGCAGUGAACGGCCCUGAACACCCUGAUACGCUCAUCGCACUGUCUCUUUUAGCUACCACAUAUUACGACCAAGGACAGUGGGGCCGUGCAGAGCAGCUGCACAAAAAAGUCAUCGAGAAAAGGCAGGCCAGUCUUGGGAUGAAGCAUCGUGAUACGAUAAGGAGCAUGGGUAACCUUGCAUCAGUAUACUCAGCUCUGGGGCGACUCAAAGAGGCGGCGCAGCUGGAGGAGCAGGCUUUAGAUGCUUACAGGACGAUGCUCGGGGCAAAUCACCCCACCACGAUAUCAACGACCUUCAAUCUAGCGGCGAGUUACCGGCUGCAAGGGCGUUGGCUCGAAGCGGAACAGCUUGCGGUACCCGGCAUACGUGUGUCAGGGGCAAUUCACGGUGCAGAUCACCCAAGCACGCUUGUAUAUAAAAGCAAUCUCGCGACGACACGUUCAUAUCAAGGCCGAUACAGCGAAGCGGAGGAGAUACAUUCACAAGUGCUAGACAAAAGGAAGACAACGCUCGGGGCAGAGCAUCCUAGUACACUCACCAGCAUGAGCAAUUUGGUUGUGGCAUAUACGAAGCAGGGGAAAUAUGAUGAGGCAGAGCAGCUACAACGGAUUUUGCUCGAAACAAAGAUGGCGACCCUCGGAGCAAGCCACCCGGGUAUGAUCAAGACCAUGAUCAAUUCGGCGAGCAUUUAUUCGGCCCUGGGACGCCAUAGUGAGGCUGAAGUACUAGAGUUGCGCGUAGUUGCCCUUGCAAGGCAGAUACUGGGAGCAGAACACCCUACGACACUGACCGCUAUGAACAACCUUGCCUACACCUACCAGAGGCAAGAGCGCUGGAGCGAGGCGGAGCAGCUACGAGUGGAGGUACUCAAGACUGAGAAGACCGUGCUCGGGAUAGAACAUCCGAGCACACUGCUAAGCAUGCAUAACCUGGCAUCGACAUACAUGGAGCAGGACCGAUACCCUGAGGCCCUGCUCUUGCAAGAGCAGGCAGCCGAUGGUUACAAAAGGGUAUUUGGUGAGGAGCAUCCUGAUACUGAGACCGUCACCGCAAACUUG